CCGGAAGUAAACACACUAGUUGCAUUAGCUAGGUGCAUGUUAGCAGUUAGCUGGAAGACGGUAGUGUAGUCUUGUCUCGGGUAAAUAUUCAAGUAGUGGACGGAGCAGUGAUGUCUUCGGUUCAGUAUUUGAGAGCGUUUAUCAGCGAGCGACUAACAGCUGCUGCUGAGGAGAUAUUCACGGUCUUUGAAAAAACCAUCGUCCAGUACGAAGAAGAGGUGGAUCGUCAGCGCAGACUGCUGGAGACCGUUUUGAAACCUGAAAUAAAGCUGCACAGGAUCGAGCUCCCACAGCAUCAUGCCUGUAAGAAGGAGGAGGUUCUCCCUGACCAGCAGCUCUGUCCCCAGGAGAGGAACUCCAGUCUGGACCAAGAGGAACCAGAACCUCCACAGAUUAAAGAGGAACAGGAGGAAAUCUUCACCAGUCAUGAGGGAGAGCAGCUCGUACUGAAGCAGGAGACUGAAACCUGCAUGUUGACUCCUCAUGGUGAGGAAAGUGACCACAGAGAACCAGAAGGUGAUCACCAGCUCCUCUCUCACAACUCCCCUGUAGCUGAGAGCCACGAUCAAAAUAAAAGAAAACGUUUGGAUUUAGAAUCAACAGGAAAUGAAGAACCAAACCCACAGAAGAGUUUUCAUGAAAAUAAAAGUCAUGGUUACAAUGUGGACAACUCUCCCAAAUCAGAGAUUAUCUCAAAUACUCACACAGAGCUCCCACAGCAGCAUGUCUGUAAGGAGGAGGAGGUUCUCACUGACCAGCAGCUCUGUCCCCAGGAGAGGAGCUCCAGUCUGGACCAAGAGGAACAAGAACCUCCACAGAUUAAAGAAGAACAGGAGGAAAUCUUCACCAGUCAGGAGGGAGAGCAGCUCGUACUGAAGCAGGAGACUGAAACCUGUAUGUUGACUCCUCAUGGUGAGGAAAGUGACCACAGAGAACUAGACGCUGAGCACCAGGUCCUCCCUCACAACUCUCCUGUAGCUGAGAGCCAAGAUCAGAACAGAAGAAAACAUUUGGAUUCAGAAUCAACAGGAAUUGAAGAACCAAAGAGUCUCAAUGAAAACAGGAGUCACAGUUACAAUGUGGACAACUCUUCCACGUCAGAGAUUAACUCAAAUACUCACACAGGUCAAAAGUCUUUCAAAUGUGACACUUGUGGAAAAACUUAUGUGUGUAAGUAUAUGAAGAUUCAUCUAAGAACACACACGGGUGAAAAACCUUAUUCAUGCAAAAUAUGCACGAAAAGAUUUGUAAGGAGUUUUGAUUUGAAGGUUCAUAUGAGAAUUCACACUGGUGAGAAGCCAUAUUCUUGCCAAACCUGUGGGAAAAGGUUUGGACGUAGUAAUGAAUUGAAAAUCCACCUGAGAAGUCACACUGGUGAGAAGCCAUAUUCUUGCCAAAUAUGUACAAAGCGUUUUGUAUGUAGUAGUCAUUUGAAGGUCCAUGUGAGGUUUCACACAGGUGAGAAGCCAUAUUCAUGCAAAAUAUGUCAGAAAGGUUUUGUAAGGAGUUGUCAUUUGAAGGUUCAUAUGAGAACUCACACUGAUGAGAAGCUAUAUUCUUGCCAAACAUGUGGGAAAAGGUUUGUUUGUAGUGAUGAAUUGACAGUCCACAUGAGAAUUCACUCUGGUGAGAAGCCAUAUUCUUGCCAAAUAUGUGGGAAAAGGUUUGGACGUAAUAAUGACUUGAGAGUCCACAUGAGAAUUCACACUGGUGAGAAGCCAUAUUCUUGCCAAACAUGUGGGAAAAGGUUUGGACGUAGUGAUGAAUUGAAAAUCCACCUGAGAACUCACAAAGUUGAGGAGCCAUUUUCGUGCAAAAUAUGUCAGAAACAUUUUGUAAAUCGUAGCAGUUUGAAAGUCCACAUGAGAAUUCAUUCUGGUGAGAAGCCAUAUUCUUGCCAAACUUGUGGGGAAAGUUUUGGACGUAGUGAUCAAUUGAAAGUCCACAUUAGAACUCACAGUUGAGAAGCCACAUUCUUGCGAAACAUUUAUGAAAUGUUUUGGAAGUAGUGGGAUCUGAAAGUCCAGAUGAUGGCUCCCAUGUCAGAAGCCGUACACCUGCAUUAUCUGUGGGAUAAGGUUGAGAGUUAAUACACAAUGGAAAUUGUACAUUAACAUAACUCAUGUAGUAGAUGUAGCGGCUCUAUGAAAUGUACCUCAUAAAGAAACUUGUAUUUUA